UUAGUGUUGCCCAGCUUCAGAUCGCAACAGGACGCGAACGUGCGCGUGUCCCCCCUCGAAAAAAAAUAAAUAUAUAUAUAUAUAAUAUAAUAAACUCUUUUUACGUAUUUUUGCCGGCUUUUUGUUAUUAUCAUUUUUUUUUCUCCGUCCAAUAAAAACAACUUUUUUUUUUUUUUGUUGUGUUUACAGUGCUUCCGAACAUUUGAACAAAACUGUGUUUUGUAAAUUUGUGUGAUAUCGGUAUAUUGAUGACUAUUUCCGAAUAUUACGCAAAAAUAUCGAAAAAGAAAAAUUGAUUUAGUAGGUGUUUUUUUUUUUUGUGUGCAAAAAAAAGUUUGUGAGUGUUUGAUGUGUAGGAAAUAGUAGGCGAUUUGGUGAAAACAUGAACACAGUUUUGAAUAAUCAAAAAUUAGGGUGUUUGUGAAAAAAAAGGAAAAAGAAAUUUCGUGGGUUAUUUCGAAUUAUUCUUCUCGUUGAUUUUACGUGAACUGCAAGUGUUUUCUUCAUCGGUCGUCCUUUGUGACAACCUAACCUCUCUCUCUUUUUUCUGUCGGACUUUGGCCAUUAAGGCCUUAUUUUUUAUUGAGACCGCGAAUAGCGGAUCAAAGCAGCCAAAAUUCGGGUGAAGAACAGAGAACCGUUGCCAUCGUACGCGAUGGAGAUAUCGGAUGAAUAUCAAGACAUUGGAAAUACCGGCGGAGGUGUUGCUAUUUCCAAUAUGCCGAUUCCACAUCAUGGACAUACAUCUGAAAGUCCCAUGUCACAUCAAGAAGAAGAUUUAUCAGAUCCAGAUCUCCAGGAUGAGGAAAGUGGUGAGGAACUUCCACAACAACCCCUUCAGGGUAACAAUCAUUCUUCACAGGAAGUUGGUUCAAUUCCUGUUAGUACACCAACGCCAAUGUCUCAUUUAAAUAGUCUCAUGAAUGCUCAUCAUCCACAUUUUUUGUCGAAAUUGAAAAUGGAGAAUGAUCUGGAAGCACUGAGUAAUCAAAAAGGACUCGAGGCAUUGCAAGCGGCAUGCGGAAAUGGUAAUUUUAAUUUGCCAUUUUCAUUUCCAUUGCCACCGGCAUUUUUACCACCGCAUCAUCAUAGUCAAAAUAGUCAUUCACUGUCUGGGGGUGGAGGCAAUGGUGACAGUGGCGGCGGCGGUGGUGGCGGCAAUGCAAUGACAUCAUCGGCAAGUUCACAUUCUAGUGAAUCGUCACAAAGUAGCGCUCGUAAUGGAAUUGAAACAACACGUGAACGUGACAGUAGUAAUCAUUCGCAAAAUAAUUCACAAGGAAAUUCACAUCAACAACAAACCAGCUGGAGCUUCGAGGAGCAGUUCAAACAGGUGCGUCAGAAAAAUUUCGAGAAUAAUUAUUGCACGAUGCUAUCGCCGGAACAUUUCUCAUCAUCAGGAUCUUUAAUGAAAUUGCAGACGGGUGACAAUCAACUUCGAAUGCUGUACGAGAUCAACAAUGAUCCAAGCAGAAAGGAGUUUCUCGAUGAUCUUUUCAGUUUUAUGCAAAAGAGGGGUACGCCAAUAAAUCGAUUACCAAUUAUGGCAAAGUCAGUGUUGGACCUCUAUGAACUUUAUAAUUUAGUCAUUGCCCGAGGUGGAUUAGUAGAUGUCAUUAACAAGAAACUAUGGCAGGAAAUUAUCAAAGGUCUUCAUCUUCCGUCAAGCAUUACUUCUGCCGCAUUUACACUGCGCACACAAUACAUGAAAUAUCUUUAUCCAUAUGAAUGCGAUAGGAGGCAUUUGUCAACACCAGCUGAAUUACAAGCGGCAAUCGAUGGAAAUCGAAGGGAGGGACGAAGAAGCAGUUAUGGUGCAUACGGUGGUGCAGGUGAGACCCUGGUACAGAGGAAUCCAAGUUCAUUGGCCCUUCAUCCACAAAUGUCACCCUUGUCACUUGUCACAGCGGUGACAGGUGGACAACAUCACGGGCCAUCUUUGGUUAAUGGAGGCGGUGUUCAUACACCCCUAUCACAUCCUCAUCAUCCACAGCAUCCACAAGGAACAAUGGGACAACCUAAUGCCGUUCCUGGAUUGGUGCCACCAGAAUUGGAAGCUAGAAUGUUUGAGUAUAUUAAACACUUGAAUAAAGAGCUUAUGAACAAGGAAUUGAAAAAUGCAAAUUCAGGCGAUCAAAUGAUGAUGCAUCGACAGGGUAGUGCAUCACCGCCAACAUCAACAUCACCACGUGACGGUGGUUUUUCCGCAUUGGAAAUGUCACGAUUGACAAUGUGGAAUUUAUAUAAUAAUAAUUCCAUUUAUCCUGGCGUUGGUCAUCAUCCACCUUAUUCACCACAGCAGGCACAUUCUCCAGCACCUCCAGCUUCCAGUCCUGAACCACAGCGAGAGGCUCUUGAUCUUGGUCUCAGGUCAUCACCAUUGUCGUCAUCCCCUCAAAGACAAAGUCCACCAUCGUCAAGUGGAAGUAUUCAAGUUAAAAAUGAACAGGAUUUAAUUGCCCGAGCAACAGUUGCGGCCAGUAAAAGGCUCAGGCUAGAAGACGAAGCACCUGAAGAAAAGGAAACUUUAUUAUCUAAUCCACGCACCAAUAUUACAAUCUCCAAUAGAGGCGAUGGUCGUAACGGAGACAAUUCUCUCGUUGUUAGUAUAGAAUUGAAUGGAACAAUGUAUCAAGGUGUAUUAUUUGCACAAACAGCAAGUAAGGACCUCACAACAACUCCAACCAGCAACAGUGCAAAGACACCUCGUAGUAUUGUCUCGUGAAGAGGUAGUAAUCGAUGCUAAAUUUAAUUUCGCAAAAAAAAAAGUAAAAAUCAUCUCGAGAUUUAGUUUAUUAAAAAAAUCUUUGCUCGUUCAAUCCAGAUCGAAGCAGUCCAUUUUCUAAAAGUAUGUUAUUAUUUUUUUUUUCCAAACAUACAUUAAUUUAAAAAAAAAAAAAAAAUCAAAUCUCGUAUUUGUAUUAAAGUAUUUAAUAUUUGUUCAUAUUGACGCGUUUAAAUUUAUUUAAAUCAAUAGAAAAUUUCUAAUUGAGAAAUUUGUACAUUCUUUUUUUAAAUUUAAUUCUAUUAUCGUGAGAAAGAAAAAUUGUUUUAUUUUCGAAUCAGAACGCAAGAAUCUUUAAAGUUUUAAAUUUGAAAAUUUAAUUUAAAAAAAAAAAAUGUUAACUUAUAUGAAUUUUUAUUCAAGAAUUUCUUGAAGUUUUUACAUAUAUAUUUAUUAAAUAUAUAUAUUUAUAUAUAAUUCAAAGACUGCUGCGCUCUGAAGAAAAUUGAGUGAAUGAUGGGUGAUAAACAGAGGAUGUAUGUUUUUGCGUGCAAUUUAAUAAGAUUUUUUGUUUUUUAUGUCAAAAAAAAAGAAAAAAUCCAUUCUCACACCUUGCGCUUCUUAUAUUCUAUAACCAAAAAAAAAAAAAAAAAUUUUCUCAGUAUUACUGUUAAAAAAAAAUGUUAGAAAAAAGUAAUACUGACAAAAGGAACAAAAUUUUUUUUGUCUAAAUUUUACAAAUGGCUGUUUAAUCUGGUCCUUUUUUAAAAAAAUAGAUCAUGCAUUUUAUUUUAGAAGCGCCUGGACAGAGUUAGUAUUAUAUAUUAGAAAAAAAAAAAUAAGGGCUGGGAAAAAUAUUUCUUGGUCCAUUUUUUCAAUUUUCUUUCUCCCACUAAAUCAAAACGACUUAAUUUAUUUAUUAUCCUCAAUUCCUCGCGUUCGCGUCUUGCGAGUAUAUGUGUUUUUUUUAAUUCGCUACACGAGAAAUCUCACUCUAAUUCUCGUCGAUUUUUUUAAAAAUAUAAAUUGUAGCAUAUUUUUAUUUCUGUGUAAAUGAUUAUUAAUUUUUUUUUUUUUAACCAUCUUACGACCGAAAUAGUGGAGAAAUUAUAUUCUUCUCGUUGUCAUUAUUAUAUAUAUCUCUGUUAAGUUUGUAAAUAUAGCGAGCGAGAGAUCUGACGUAAUUAUAUAAAAAAAAAAAUAUGUAUAAAUGUUUAGAACCGCUUUUUAUUAUUAUGGAAUAUUCGAGACUUUUUAUCAAUGUUCCGCUUACUGUAGAUUUUUUUUUCUAUUACUUUUUUUCGAAUGUCUCGAAUCCGCUCUUCUUUUUUUUUAAAAUGAAAAUCGCGGUUUGCCAGUAUGAAAUAAGACAAUUAUUUAAAAAAAAAAAAACAAAUAUAUAUAUAAAUAUAUAUUUCGAGGCAAUUGUAGAGAAAAAAAUGUUGCAAAGACGUUCAUUUUCUAGUUGACAUUUUAAAAUAAAUAAAUCUCGUUUACUUUGAACAAAUUUUAUUUUUAAAAUUAAAAAAAGUAACCAUGUCAAUUCAAGUAAAAUGAAAAAAAGCGAAUGUUUUUUUGGGAAAAACAUUUAAUUAAAAACUUUAUUUGGAAAUUUGACGAAGGUAUUUCCUAAGAAAAUGUUUUUCUCGAUUAUAUAUGUAAAUUAGGAAAUAUUUAAGAAAAACAUUCGAUGAAUAAAAUGAAUUUUAACGAGAAUGUUUUUUUUUGUAUAAAUGAACAAAAUUAAAUUUGUUACAAAUGAACGUCUGAAUAAAAAAAAAAAAUUCGCAACAAUUAAAAAAAGAAAAAUCAUAAUAAUCUAAAUAUAAACGUAUCGUGCGAAAUCUUAAAUUAUGUUUAGGAAUUUUAAUGCAAUAUUAUUAGACAAAUUAUUGUGUAUUAUUUUUACGUUUUUUUUUUCCUCAUUUUUUUUUCUCGCGUUAAAUACUGCAUAAUAUUUGUAAAAUCUUAAAUUAUGUUCUAGACAUCCUAUGCAAUAUUUUACAAAGGAUAUUUUACACGGAUAUUAAAAAUCUGAUUUUAGUCAUAAUAGUUAGGUUUUGUGCAGUUUGAGAAUAAGAAAUAUAAAUUGUAAAAAAAAGAAAAAUGUUUACAGAAUAAGGCCUCGUUUAUCAAAAAGAAAAAAAUUUUUUUUGUCUCAAAUCAAAAUCUGAUUUUAAUUAAUUUUAAAAAUAUGAAAAAAAAAACGAGCGGUGGAAUGGAAUAUUUUAUUGUUCAUAGAUUGAAGUUUAGCCAAAAAGACUGUUUAUAUAGGAAGAAAUAUUAAUUUAGCGACUAAUUCUUACGACGAUUAUUAUUAGAAAGAAAAAAAAAUAAUAAAAAUAUCAUCACGAUCAUUAUUAGUAUUAAUCUUAGUAAAUAAAAUAAAUAAUAAAUGCGGCUACUACUGUUACGUAAUUUAAUAAAAAAAAAAAUCAAAAUUACCAUUUCAUUUAUAAAAGUAUGCUCGAAAAUAAAAUGUUUUUAUUUAAUUUUAAAUAUAUUGUAAAUUCAAAAUAAUUUUAAAUUUUGUAAAUUCUUUUUUUUAGAAAGUUUUAUUUAAUUAUAAGGUCAAUUUUUACGAAAGAGAUAAUGUUUUUUCAAAAAAAAAAAAGAAAAAAAAAUGGUAGUAAGUUCAUUUUUGUUAUUCCGAUGGCUCGCUUUGUGACAUGCAAUACUCGUUUUAUUAUAAUUUUUUUUUGUAUGUCCAAUUGUGAUUUAGCGAGAAGCUCGUUAGGCAUUUGUUAAUAAAUAAUUUAGGGCCACCAAUUGCAUAAGUGAUUUUUUCUCUUAAGUACAAUUCAUUUUUAAUUAUUAUAUAUGUAAUAAAGAAAAAAAAAAAUAAUAGCACUACACGUACACGCAUAAUAAUCAAUGUUGUAUAUAUAACUAUUAUCGUUUGAAGGAUAAAAAUGAAAAAAAAAAAAAAUGAAAAAAAAAACACUGAUGACAUUUAUCUACCAUAAACUUCUGUAGCGGCUUAGUUCUAUCUUUCUCUCUAUCUCUUUCUCUUUCUGUAAAUCUAUGUAAACGUGACCCACGAUUAUAAUAUGAAAUAAAAACAACAUUACUUUUAACAA